GUUUUUCAGAAGGUCCAAGAGGCCUUAAAAUAAUGAAAAUGCUGUUCCUCCCAAGCUUCCUUCUGCUACUUGAUAAUGUUGAAAAUGCGGGGGUCGUGAAACCCACUCUUGGUUCGAUUCAGUUGGUGGAUGGUACCAGCAGCUGUUCUGGAAGAGUUGAGAUUUUCACAGAUGACUGGGGCACCAUUUGUGAUAUGGAUGCUGCUGAAGGGAAUAUGAUCUGCAUGGAAGUGGGUUGUGGUCCUCUUUCAGUCGUAAAGAAAAGGGCUUUUUUUGGUGAGGGAUCUGGACCAUUACUGAUGGAUGACCUGAACUGUUUUGGGAACGAGAGCUUGGUGAUGGACUGUGAAUGGAAUAACCACACCGAUGCAUGUGACCACUCAGACGAUGUUGGCGUCAUCUGUGACCCCAUCGUCAGGUUACGGGGCGGCAGUAGUAUUUGUUCAGGAAGAGUGGAGAUCUUUCACAAUAGAGUGUGGGGCACAGUCUGCGACAACGGCUGGGACACGGUGGACGCAGCGGUGGUGUGUAAACAACGAGGCUGUGGAAAGCCAAAAACAGUGUACUCCAACGCCGCCGUUUAUGGAUCGGGCUCUGGACAGAUAUGGAUGGACGGUCUGUCAUGCACUGGACGCGAGGAUUCUGUUGAAGAAUGUACGUUUAGCGGUUGGGGAGUUGUCAGUUGCACCCACACAGAUGAUGCUGGAGUCAUCUGUGCAGAGGUCGCGCUGGUGGAUGGAGACGACGCCUGCUCCGGGAGGGUCGAGGUCCUCUAUCCCAACUCGGGAUGGGGUACGAUUUGUGACAAAGACUGGCAUCUCUUGGGCGGAGAUGUGAUCUGCAAAGAGCUGGAUUGUGGGAGCGCUUUAUAUGCCACAACUGGAUCUACGUUUAAAAAGGGAACAGGACAAAUAUGGACAUUUAACAAAAACUGUCUGGGGGUUGAGAGCAAUAUGAAAAGCUGUUUAGCAAUAGGAACGGCAAACACCUGUAAUCACAAUAAUGAAGCAGGAGUUGUUUGCAGGCAUGCCAAACUUGUAAAUGGGCCAUUUAGAUGCAGAGGAACGGUGGCGGUGCGUUACAACGGAGACUGGGGCUCAGUUUGUUAUAAUAACUGGGAUACUAUGGAGGGCAUCGUGACUUGUCGGGAGCUUGGCUGUGGUCCUCUUCAAAUGUUAUACACUGGACCCACAUAUGGAAGCGGACCAGGUCUUGUUUCACUGGAUGGUUUAGCUUGUACCGGAAGCGAGUCUUCACUUAGGGAAUGUCCCUUCCCUGGAAUAAACAGCAUCUGUACACAUUCCUACGAUGUAGGAGUUGCCUGCAAAACAUUGAGACUGGUAGGUGGAGACAGCGUUUGCUCUGGAAGAGUGGAGGUUCUUCUUAGCGAUCACUGGGGAACCGUCUGUGACGACAACUGGGAUAUAAACGAUGCCGAAGUUGUCUGUAGAGAGAUGGGCUGCGGCACUGCGGUUGAAGCGAAGAAAGGUGCUUUUUUCGGAGACGGUGUCGGAAGAAUAUGGAUGGAUGAGGUCCAAUGCACUGGCACCGAGGGGUCAUUGGUUAACUGUCAAGCAAACCCAAUUGGAACGCACAACUGUGGGCACCAUAAAGACGCAGGUGUCGUCUGUAGAGAGGUGAGAUUGGUGAGUGCGAGCAACAACUCCUGUCAAGGCACAGUACAGGUCUAUCACGACGGUCAGUGGGGGUCAGUGUGCCACAAUGGCUGGGAUGUCGCUGAUGGUGUAGUGCUCUGUAGAGAGCUGGGCUGCGGUGGGAACGUGGAGCCCAUGCCAAAUGCAUUUUUUGGGCAAACUGCUGGGAAAGUAUGGAUGGAGAACGUCGGUUGCACAAGCAAAGAGUCAAACCUGAAAGACUGCGAAUUUGGUGGUUGGGGGAAAAGCACCUGCAGUCAUGCAUACGACGCAGGAGUAGUGUGCAGAAUUAUCAGAAAUGUGCUCAGGUUUGAAGUGACAGCUUCCGAGGUUAACCCUAACAGCCCAACAGUCAAGAAGCAAAUCUUGGAUAAAUUAAGGCAAGAAAUCCAAAAGAUGGGAGAAUAUACGGUCAACUGGAGAAUUCAGCAAAACAAACAAGUGUUUCAGGAAGAAACUGUAUUUGAUCCCUAACAGGUUUUCGCAUCGUCUCCACAAGCCUGAAGAUGAUUUCACCCUUCACGAAAUUCAAGAGAACAGUGGUUCCAUUUGGGUUUAGUUCUCUCUCAACGUAAAAAACUUUUUACAUGUGAAGCGCAUUAAUCUUCUAAAUAAACACAUUUAUUAAAAAACACAUUUAUUGCGGUAGAACAAUGCAGUUAAAUAAAGACAUCAAAUAGAUGGACGAACCCGCAUGGCCCGAAAUUAACUUCUGGUCUAUGUUUGGUUAUAAUAGCACAAUUUAUUUUAGAUUUAGUUUCUAUUAAUCUUUUAUUAUACUGCAUAUUCAUAGUAUUUAAUGAAAAAUACUCGACAGUUAUAGAUACUUUGCGUUAAGGUUGGGCCACAUUUGUUUAUGAUGUUGUCGCUGAAACCAUAUAGAAUCUCUGGAUUUAAAAUAAGUUUUAGAUUCAGAGAGAAAAUUGUAACAUUUAUUUAUAUAGAAGACACAAUACGUUAACUACAAGGAACUACAACACAUACUGUUUAAAUAGAAAAAAGAUUUUGUGUGGCCACUUGUGUUUGCUUUCUUUUACUAAUGCAUUGUACACGUUAUUCCAUUACAACAUUUAGUACUUUAAAAAAACUCUGUGAUGCAAUAGACAUCUGCAAGGUAACUCUUUUAUAAAGCAUCUCUCAGACAAAUUCUUAGGAAUGUUGAAAUUACAUACUGUAGUGCUAUAGAAGAACAAGAAUAACAUUGUGCGGAUUUUCUAUUGAUUCGGAAAGGACAAUGUUUACAGGCAAAAUACAAAAUCAAUAAAAUAUAUAUUCAGUUAA